AUGAGAAAUUAUAACGUGAGCCCCGACUUCUCACUGGGGUCGGGGUCGGCGAUAAACCCACCGCGGGAUGGUCGAUCGGGCGAAGCCGCUUCCGGGCUGGCGACGCCUGGUUGCACCUGCCCCGUUUGUGGGAGGGUCUUUCGGACCAACAGGGGAUUAGGCGUGCACAAGCGUGCCGCGCAUCCCCUUGAGGCGAAUGUGGAGGCCGCUCCAAAUGCUGUGAAGCGCAGAUGGCGGGAGGAGGAGAUCGCUCUCAUGGCAAGGUCCGAGGCAAGGCUGACUAGAGAGUUGGGUCGGUGUGGGAAAGGGGAAGAACACUGGAAGCAAUAA